CCCUCUACUUUUUUGGGGACAACAACUUCACCGAGUGGGGCUCCCUUUUCCAGCAGUACGUGCCCCCGCCGUUCCGCAUCCCAGGCACCAGCCCUGCCUACAGCUUUGGGAUCGCAGGCUCAGGCUCUGGUGUUCCCUUCCACUGGCAUGGCCCCGGUUUCUCGGAGGUGAUUUUUGGCAGGAAGCGCUGGUUUUUGUACCCACCGGAUAAAACACCCGACUUCCACCCCAACGAGACGACGCUGGCGUGGCUCCACCACACGUAUCCCACGCUGCCGCCAGCCCAGCGCCCACUGGAGUGCACCCUGCGGCCCGGGGAGGUCCUGUACUUCCCCGACCGCUGGUGGCACGCCACGCUUAACCUGGACACCAGCGUCUUCAUCUCCACCUUCCUCGGGUAG